CCGGGACGACCAUCCUAAAUACCAAUGAAGGAACCGGAUGCCAUCAAACUUUUCAUCGGACAGAUCCCUCGGAAUUUAGACGAGAAGGACCUCCGGCCGAUUUUCGAGCAGUUUGGCAAAAUCUACGAAUUGACGGUCAUCAAAGAUAAAUACACCGGCAUGCACAAAGGAUGCGCCUUCCUGACGUACUGUGCCCGGGAAUCCGCCCUCAAGGCCCAAAGCGCACUGCAUGAGCAGAAGACCCUGCCCGGGAUGAACCGGCCGAUCCAGGUGAAACCUGCAGACAGCGAAAGUAGGGGAGGUUCUUUGUGUCUUCCAGAAGACAGGAAGCUGUUUGUGGGCAUGCUGGGCAAACAGCAGACCGAUGAAGACGUGCGGAAAAUGUUUGAGCCUUUCGGGACGAUUGACGAAUGCACGGUACUCCGGGGUCCAGAUGGCACCAGCAAAGGCUGCGCCUUUGUGAAGUUCCAAAUGCACGCAGAAGCCCAGGCGGCCAUCAGUACGUUGCACGGGAGCCGCACGUUGCCGGGCGCCUCUUCCAGCCUGGUGGUGAAGUUUGCAGACACGGAGAAGGAACGGGGUCUCAGGCGGAUGCAGCAGGUGGCCAACCAACUGGGCAUGUUCAGCCCCAUCGCGCUGCAGUUCGGGGCGUACAGCGCCUACACUCAGGCCCUCAUGCACCAGCAGGCCGCCCUGGUCGCCGCCCACUCUGCCUACCUCAACCCCAUGGCAGCCGUGCAGAUGCAGCAGAUGGCCACCCUCGCCCCCAACGGCCUCAUCGCCACCCCCAUCACCCCUUCCUCAGGAAGCAGCACGCCACCUACCCUCGCGGCCACCCCGGUCUCUGCCAUCCCGGCCACCCUCAGCGUCAACGGCUACAGCCCCGUGGCCACGCAGAGCACGGGCCAAGCGGCCUCCGAGGGGCUCUACACCAAUGGCGUCCACUCCUUUCCAGCGCAGAGCUCAGCCACGCCCCUUGACCCCUUGCAACAGGCCUACGCCGGGAUGCAACAUUACACAGCUGCCUACCCUACAGCCUACGGACUGGUCAGCACUGCCUUUCCCCAACAGCCCGCCAUCAUAACCCAGCAGGCUCCCCCACAGCAGAGAGAAGGUCCUGAAGGGUGCAACAUCUUCAUUUAUCACUUGCCGCAGGAGUUCACCGACUCGGAGAUCUUACAGAUGUUCCUCCCCUUUGGGAACGUCAUUUCGGCCAAAGUUUUUGUCGACCGAGCGACCAAUCAGAGUAAAUGCUUCGGAUUCGUAAGUUUCGACAAUCCCGCCAGCGCGCAAGCCGCCAUCCAGGCCAUGAACGGCUUCCAGAUUGGGAUGAAACGGUUGAAGGUGCAGUUAAAACGCCCCAAAGACGCCAACCGGCCGUAUUGA